UUCACACUGUAGAAUAUCAUCUUGCCUCUGGUUUGUCUUGUGUGCUAACUGUUUCUCUUUUUAAGCGAGUAUACUACGAUCCAUCGAGCAACCUUGGUAAGUUGGAAUUGCACUUCAAAUCCGGUGAGUUAUGGCUUCUAUUCCUAUUAUUGUUACUUGCACCUCAUGUCAUAUGUUUAGCUUAGCCUUCUCUGUCAGCUGCGAGGGCUUUAUAUGCGAUAAAUGCAGGGAAAUAGUUAGGCUGACAGAGAAGAUCUUAGAAUUAGAGUCUCGCAUCCAAUCUUUAUCUGAGGAUAGUAAGAGUUUAACGACGAUAGAAAACACUUUGGAUGCGAGCAACAUUAGCGCACACAGCUCGGUUCCGGUUGAAAAUCCUCCGCAGCUGGGAAACUUCGUGACUGUGAGACGGCGUAGUCGCAGGACAAAACAUCACUCGACCGUUCCGAUUACAGUCUCGAACAGGUUUGCCCCGCUCAGUGACGCACCGACUGAGAAACCUGCUGAAAGUGCCCUAGUUAUCGGUGAUUCUAUUGUUCGGAACGUUAACAUAGAGGCACCAGCCACCAUAGUCAAAUGUUUACCGGGAGCCAGAGCGCCUGACAUCAAGUCAAAUUUAAAUGUGCUGGCUAAGGCUAAUCGUAAAUUCAGUAAGAUUGUCAUUCACGUCGGCACAAAUGAUGUUCGACUCCGUCAAUCGGAGAUCACAAAAGAUAACAUUAAAGAGGUGUGUGAGCUCGCAAGCAUGAUGUCAGACACUGUAAUAUUCUCUGGCCCCCUCAAUGCUUAUCGUGGUGAUGAGAUUUAUAGCAGAUUAUCAUCACUAAAUGGCUGGUUGUCUGAGUGGUGCCUGCAGAAUGAUAUAGUUUUUAUAAAUAACUGGAAGAGUUUUGAGGGCAGACCUGACCUGUUGAAACGAGAUGGUCUCCAUCCCUCCUGGGCUGGGACUUCCAUCCUGUCUAGAAAUAUGGCAAAAAGUCUUAAUGCUAAUGCUAAAACUUGA